AUGCCUUUAGAAAAAAGAAGAAAUGCUCUUUCAAUAAAUAAUCAACUAGUAAAUAAUAAUAAUAAAAUAUUAACAAAAUCAUAUAAAGAAUUAAAUAAUAUUUUAAAUGAUUGUCCACAAUCAGAAGAAGAAUUCCCAACAAUUUCUUCAACAUCUGGAAAUUUUGGAUUAAAUUUUGUUGAGCAUUGUUAUUCACCUAAUAAUUUUAAUUAUUACAAUAAUUCCACUCCCCCAUUUCCAUUAAUUCAUUCAACAAGUGUAGCUAAUUUAAAAAAAUCUUUACAAACAAAAAACUUAAUUAAUAAUCAAAUGCCUCAAUCUCUAAAAAUUUCUUUUCCUUUAUUUAAUUCUUCUAUACCUUCCUUUUCUUAUCAAAAUUUACCGUCUUCUUCCGGAUUUCAAAUAGAAGAGGUUAAUUUAAAAGAAAACAAAACAAAAUAUUAA